AUGACCAGCCGCUCGUUCCAUGCAGGGAAGCGGGCCGGGCCGUUCGGGUCGGCCCGACCCGUCUUCCUGGAGUUGAAUGGAUCAGUGCUGACGAUGACAUUCUUCGUGGCAGACUGUUUCCGGCCGAGGAGGAGAUCCUCGGCGGAUAUGACGGUGAUCUCGAUCACCUUUGAAGAGGGUAGAGAGAGAAAAGAGGGAGGAAAGUUGGAAGAAAGGAGAGAGAAAGUGGUGGUGUUGUUCUUCUAUAUGGUCACCUCUUCAAAUCUAAAAAAAACAGGAAUCCCCGUCACAACAUUACAACAAAAAGUCCGCCGUCUCCGCCUUAACCACACCAACCGGCCGCCGCCCCAUCAAACCACCUUUCGACCGCCCGUUCACCUUCACCGACACAUUAACGAUCCCGUUCUUCCCCCCACCACCGUCCAUCAGCCUAUAACUCAAGAAACUCAAAUAAUUCUCCGGCAGGUGGCCUCCGGUGAAAUCCUCCACCGGAAUAUUCGCUGCCCCGAUGGCUUGGCCGCCGGCGUGGGCUUCCACGGUUAUGAAACGGGCGUUUUCCGGCAACUCCAUCGUCAGUUUCUGGUUGCAAAACGGGUAGCUCCCGCCAUCUCUAUCGACAUCAGUCGAUCGGGAUGUAAACGGGUCGGAUCUGAUGAGGACAAACGAGUUUUUCUUCACGGGUUGUUUACGGCUCGAUUGCAAACCCUCGGCGGAUAUAACCGUGACCUCAAUUGA